AUUAUCAGCAUACUAUCCACAGCUAUAAUCUUGAUCUAUGUUAUUUAUAUGAGAUUCUUACACCCCUUGAGCAAAUAUCCUGGACCAUUACUCGCCUCCCUCACCAACACCUUCAAGGCGUACUAUGUUUACAACGCAAUAUUGCAUGAGAAGCUGCUUGAGCUUCAUAUGCAAUACGGUCCCGUCGUACGCGUUGGCCCCAAUCAUCUUCAUCUUUGGGAUGCCGAAGCAAUCGCACCAAUCUAUAAGGGAGGGCGUAGUAUGGGCAAGACGGAGUUUUACGACGCCUUUACUGCGUUUAACCCGAAUCUGUUUGGGGGGACGAAUGAGGAUAUCCAUUCCCUCCGUCGCAGACAACUUUCCCAUGGAUUCUCCCAAGUCUCUAUCCAGAAGCUUGAACCUCUGAUUGAAGGGCAGAUGGAGAUCCUCAUUGACAAGCUCCACGCUCUCGCGAGGAGUGGAGAAGCAUUCGAUUUUAAGAACAUGCUCUCGUUGUAUGUGCUUGAUAUUCUAGGAGAGGUGGCAUUCAGCAAAGCCUUCGGUGUACAAGAAAGAGGAGAAGCAGAGGAGCUCCACGCUAUCAACGACCAUCUUCUGCUGGCAGGUGUCAUUGGCGAACUACCUUGUCAGAAUUUAUGGAAAACGCUGGCGAGAAUUUCGCCUGUGUCUUGGAUGAGACGCUUGCUCAAGAGCCGGAAUAAUCUUAAGAAUGUGUGUGCGAAGUGCGUCAAGUUCAAGAUUAACAAUCCUUCAGAGCGCCCGGAUCUGCUGAAGAGCCUUGUUGAAGCUGUUGAUCCGGCGACUGGUGUCGCCGGAUCCCACUCAACAUCAGGGACCCUGACCCUUCUUCUCUGGCACCUUGUACAGAACCCCGAAAUGCUGGCUGCUGUGCAAAAGGAAAUCCAAACAAACCUGGGCCCUCUCGGAGACCACCAAAUUUGCUAUCCAAUCCAAGGCCUAGAGGCGUCCUUGCAAUACACUAUGGCCUGCGUCCGAGAGAACUUCCGCCUCAACCCCGUCUUCACCAUGCCCUUGUGGCGUCGUGUGGGCUACCCGGGUGGUAUCAAUAUCGGAGACCACUAUAUCCCUCAGGGAACGAGCGCCUGUAUAUCGAACUACGUCCUCCACCACAAUCCUGCUAUCUGGGGCGCGGACUACGACUCAUAUAAUCCCAACCGCUGGCUUGACGAGACUUACAACAAAGAAAAGGGGAAAUACCUAAUCCCCUUCAGCGUUGGACACCGCAUGUGCAUAGGAAGGAAUCUAGCCAUGACGAACAUUCUCAAGACGCUCACUACGCUGCUGAGCCAGUUCGAUUUCCAACCCGUGCAGAAGCAGAGCAGGGUUGGGGUGCGUAGCUCCGGGAUUGGAGAGAUGAAGGGGGAAUUCUUGUGUCGGGUCUCAUUGAAGAGAGACCGUUGAGUGACUCGCCUGGAUAUAUUGUAAGCUAAACAGCCAAAGUGGGUAUUUUCGAAACUGUGGGUGUGAGAGUUUAUCCACUUGCUUCCUCUCCAGUUUCUAUACAAAUCAACUUAGAUACUGUAUCAAGAGUCAAAUCAUGGCUCCAACGAAUAAAAAACAAAAAC